AUGAGUAACGAUAAAAUAUCUUUAACUUUACUCGAACAUUUACCAGUUGAAAUAUUUUUACAAAUCUGUUCUUUCCUUCCAUGGCGAGAGCUUGUGACAUCUUUCUCUGGCCUCAAUUUUUAUAUUGAUUCAAUUAUUCAAUCUAUCAGAGGUAAAAAUCAUGGAAUUAGAUAUAAUGAUAUGGAUGCAAUAAAUCUUCUACAACUAUUUCCUACUCUAAUUGAUCGUUUGGUAGUCGUAAAUGCUGAUAUAGUUGAUUUGAGUUCAUUAAUCAAUUUACGUUCACUUACAUUGGAAUAUGGUACUAAGGCACAACUGAACACUAUUCGUCCACAUUGUUUUCCUAAACUUGAAAUUCUUCAUAUCAAAGCACUUCACACGACUUUGAAUGAUAGUAUGGAAACCAUAAGUGAUUUGUUUCACGUAAUAUUAUCCAAUGGUUUUCCUCAACUUCGAAUAUGUACCGCUUUAGACAUUGGAACUGUACCUUUUAGUGACACAUGGAUAGGAUCAUCUAGUCUUCAGAUGCUGAAUUUGAAAAUGGAAACCGAUCAAGAUUAUGAAAAACUUCUAUCGAAGCUUUCAGACGCUUUAAAUAUGUUUAAAAAUAUUUUUACAGCAUUAAGUGUUAGUGGAAGAAAACGUCUAAAUCGUGAGCUUCUGAAUCUUAAACAAUUAGAAUUAGAAAAAAAGUUCAUACUUGAUAUCUCUCCUGCGGCGCCGCUCUUCGAUACUAACAAACCGCCACCUCGCUUCAAUAAUUCGAGAAUGGCUAAACGUCCUCUUCGACAAGAUGUUACGAUUAUUCAAGGUCGAAUUUUGCUACAAAGUGAACUAUAUUGUCGUGCUUCAUUUCUUAUUGAAAUCGUAUUAGCACAAGACUAUCCAUUUAAGUGUCCUGAAAUAACAUUUCUGGAUCCUAUCUAUCAUCCAAAUAUCUCAACAUCUGGUACAUGUUGCGGUUGUUUGUGUGGUUUUGGCUUUGCAGUUGCUGACAAAUAUAGACCAACAACAUCACUGAGUAGUAUUAUCACGACUAUUAUUGACAUUAUUGAUAGCCCUUUUACCAGUGAAGAAUCUCAUAAUCCAGAACGUCUUGUAGAAUAUCGUAAAGAUUACCAGAUAUUCUGUAAGAAAGCAUUAGAAUGUACGCUUUCAUAUGGACGACCACGUUACUAA